UUACGUCACGACUCGCGCCAGGCCGGUCGCAGCGGAGGCGCGCGCGACGCUGCCGCAACAGUCGAUACGGGGGCGCGCCGACCCGCUGGUCGAUCCCGACGCGCCGCCGCCGCCGCCGCUGCCGCUGCCUUCGGCGCGUUCCUCCCGCCGGCAGUCUGCUCGCGCCGCGGUUCGCGUGUCCGCAAGUGCCGCAUGUCCUACUGUGCUGCGAACUAAGCUGCAAAACACUUUAUUCCCCCCUGCCUGGUGAAAUAUUGUUACCACACUAGUUUGGCAUUUAUUUACGCGAUCUUAACUCAUGUUAUCCAGUGGGGCAACGACUAAUGUUGUAUCCCACUCUUUUCAGAAAUCUGUAGAACGUUUUUAUUUUUUUUUUAUUUUGCCGAUACUGUCAGGAUAGAAAAGCACUGUCUCCGCUUAAGGAGAUGCACAGUUGAGAAGCUCGUGAACAGACAGCAGUAUAAAUAUUUAACAUUUUAACAAAUCCGUAGUAACUGAUCUGUUACAAAUUCCAGGCACACGUCACGCUUCACGUACCAGAUUUCUUUUCCCCGAGAGGUCGGCACUCGUAAAUCCUGGUGUAAUCUUCAGUGACGCUCUCCAACCUCGGCAACGUGUGACCUUUGGAGAAGAACCAGUUUAAUUCUGGACCUCGAUCGAGAACCUGUCCUGGACUAAAUAUGGACAACCUCUAAGCGGUGACGACGUGAAAAUGCGACUCAUGGAUGGGCUGUGAAGAACAAUCCCAACUUUACUGUAUUAUUCGCUUUGGAAGGCAUUCGAUUCACUGCUGGACAUAGUUUUUUUUUUCUUUUGACGGACAUUCUGUAUCUGAAGGUAAUUGAAUUAAUUGUGAUACCAACCUUGGCAAUGUCUGAUUUUUGGAGAGAAACCUAAUUAAUUCUGUGCUUCGAAUAAGCGCUGUUGUCAAGUGACUAUGGACGACUGCUGAGUGUCAGUUAUGUGAAAAUCCAACACAGCUCUUGGAUAAUCUGUGAAGACGACUUCCAGCUCGCUUUUGGACGUUAUCUUGAGGGCUUACGGCCUACGAAUGGAGUGGAUUUCGUCGUCUUUGCUAGUACAAGCGUGUUGCUGGGUUGUGUGAGGUGAAAGCACAUUGCUGCGAGGUGCGAUCGUCGGCUGCAAAUACAUGGCGAGGCUCGGCACGCAACGCGGCGAUAAACACAGGGUGUGAGGUGGCGGGUGCUUGGCUCGUAUCGGAAUUCCAACGAUGCUUGACGCACGGUACAGGCAGUUUCGAUCUGCCGUCAGCUUAUGUGAGAACACGCCGUUCUGGAUGUGAGCUCAUGAGCCUACUUCCCUGCACGAAAGCUGGAAAGGAUGAACGACCAAACAGUUGGAUGUCUCAGGGUAUCGACAUUUUUAUACAGAACGUUUUCAAGACUGACUCUGCAGUGAAGUGCAAGAUCUGCCAAACAUCACCUUUUAUGUUUAUCCCUAGAAAUGUCAUGCAUAUGAUGAAGCGAAACUUAAGGGAAACAAGUUUCUCAUUGAAAGAUGUGUAUGAUGCAAUUAUAGCGCUUUGAACACGGCCUUCGUGCUUCUACUGUGGAGCAGAGAAGAGGGCUUGUCUUGAGUAGUAUCCAUUGGUUCUCACUGUUCUGUUGACUGGAGAUGGAGAACACCAGGAGUUCCAGAAAUGAACACUUGUCACGGCUCGCAGACAUUACUGAUCGUGGCAAGAGACAAGAUGUGAUAUAAUCAGAUUGUCAGCACCCACCUCAGGUUACAAAAAUCGCAGUAACUUUAUAUACUACGAUGCAAGGCAUACAGAUGUAUUUCGAGAGCAGUGAUAUAACGUAAGAUCUCAAAAUCUUGUUUCAUCUGCCUCUCUGAUAUACACAGCAGUACACAGAGGCACUACAUUAAAGUCUGCGGGUACCUUCGCAGUGGGAUGUAGAGUUUUUUACUUUCUUUCGUAAGGCGUCAACAAAUUUUUCCUUCUGUAGCAGUUAUUUUCUCAUGUACUGCUGUGUUUGGUCGGCCAUAGCAUGUCUUACAGAACUGCAGUAGGAGAACGUUACGUAGCCCGCUGAUCGAUGCUAGAAAACUGGAUCAGUAUGCCAGGAGUUGCGCCUGCUCUCUGCGGCAUCAGCUAGCUUUGUGCAUUGGAAUUACUUACAUAUUGAAGAAAAAUGGUCGCCGAUUGCAUGUGCGAGAAGAUGAACGUACAAUACAAAUUCACAGACUUACAAUCGUGUCAGAAAAUAAACAAGUAGACUGGAAAAAUAUAACACAUGUAGGGAACUUCUGUCUCCCUAUCCCGUGUGCCCAAAACUUUGUAUAAGGUACCCAGGGUGGUGUGAAUGUUAUAUUCUCCUCUGUGCAGGAUGUCUGAUGUAAAGAACAUUGAUGCUAGUGGAGUGUGGUAGCUCUUGUCUGCAUUCAUACUAUGGAUGAUCAACAGUAAAGCUCCAUUUCUUGAUAUAGUCUUUAGAUGUACCCAUCCAGGAUCAAAAUCUGUUUGGUAGCUGCUCAGCUGUUUUCUGAGAUUUACGGAGCUGAGGUGUUCUCUCUGCCCACACUUCCAGCUUCACCAUCUCGGGAAGCGAGUGACUAAAAGGAAAUCAAGGCUCAAGAAUGGUUUCUUAGCGCCGCGUGGAGAGCUUCACAAGUUUGAGCGAGUAAUGUCGGUCACAGUUCCACAAUACAUGGAGGAACUGUAGCUGCCCUGUGUGCAACAAGAGCGUCGAUGGUACUGAGACCACUGGACACAGGUGUCACAUGAGCUGGCGGUAGGACCUACGGAGCCCCAGCUGUGCGUGUAGAACUUGCCGAUGCGGGAUGCUGGCCUGCGUGUGCACUUCUGUCGCGGCAGCGCCGCCGGCAGGUGCGUCGCGACGCCGCCAGUGGCGCCGGCCCCCACUACGGCCCCCGGGGCUUCCCCGACGCCUGCUGCCGCCACCGGAACCGGAAGCUGCUCUCGCCGCCGGGGGUUCCCCCGGAGGGGGGCGCUACCGCUUCAGCAGUGGCAGCGAAUCGGAAACGACGUCGGCAGACUCUCGCAGUGGUGACGUCAGCAACACCUGUCGUGAGCGUCAAAUGCGGCACAGACUGGUCAAAUGGGACGCCGGAGAGGGCAAGGGAGACAGGCGCAAGCAGAUGGCUCAUCGAGUGGCUCCAGCAGAACUGCGUACCACGCCCACUGGGGACUGUUGGCAGAGCACAGAUUCUUUGAACACAGCUCCCAAAACUCACUUGAUCACUCCAGAGACAGCACCAUCCAUCGGAAGAAAAACAAUGCACGCAAGAGGCGGCGAUGAGAGGCGAACUAAUGGCGUAGAUACGCGCCGAGACGCUGGUAAUAAAAUGGUUAUUCAGAGCUGCGGAAUGCAUAUCAAAAACGAUGGCGAAGGAGCCUUCCCAAAAAACGGUAAAAGCGAAAGAGAUGCAAGAACGAUGAGCAGCUGUGCUGACGAAUCUUCCUCAAGUCUUCUCAGUGGUGUUUUGGAAAACUCUCUUCUCUUUCCGCCGAAAAUUAUAUCUCUAUGGAAUCAAGACAAGACUGGUACCAAAACUGCAAAUUACCUCCAAGGUGUAUCAUCUAUCCGAACGAAUAGUGAGCUCGAGAAAACACUUAGUGGUAUUGCCACACCAAACAAUACUGACAGUGUUACGUCUGAGGAUUUACCACUAAAGGCACAUAUUCCUGCUGAAAAAAGUGUUGUGAUGGACCAGCUUGGCAGUGUCAACCCGUUUUCACCCACAGGAGAGGAAACUCACGUAUGUUCCAUAGAAACCAACGAAAUUAGAGUGAAAUGGGACAAGGUGAAUGACACUAUCUCUUCUGAUAAGACUGAGACUUUGCUUAUUGACACUUCCACUCAUGGCCUAAGAACGAUGCUCUACAAAGCCCUUCUGGCACAAGGUACAGACAUCGGAAAGGGCAUCCAGCGUGCUAAUAUAAAUUCCAACUCGAAGAAUGCUGAAGGAACUGGUAUAGAGGUUCAAACCAGAGGAUUCUUUGUUUCUGGUGAAUGCACGAGGCUGAAUAACUUGAGCAUUGCAAAGAUAGGAGCCCAGAAAGUGCAGUCUGAUCUUCCUCUUAAUAUUGUCGCUUCAAAGUCGGAGUCCACUUCACAAGUGCAACUGUUUGAGAUGGGCAUAAAUGUUCUGAAGUCGGAAUCAUCAACAAAUGAGAGAUCAUCAUGUACUUGCAGCUCCAGAGUUCUCCCAUGUGAUGGCUGUAAUCUGCAUGAUUUAUCAAGUGUUACCAUAAUGAAUGGUAAGGUUCCACUUAGUAGCUAUUCGUUAAUGCUCAGUAAUUCGCUUCAAAACAUAGCUCUGCGUGUUCAGUCCAACAAAGCCUACGAAAUCGAAAUUCCGACUUUGGCAGGAGGCCAAAAGACAGAAAAUAUCUUGACAGUGAAAGAUCCUUCAGACUUUUUGUGCUCCAGUGGAAGCUCGCCCCUGUCAACAAACAAGUCGGAUGUGAAUGUUGCUCUCUGCGACAAUAAACCCAGCCACAAGCCAUCGUCACCACAAAUGGGAUCAGUUCCUCAAGACUCAGCAGCCAGUGAACUGUGUAGAGUCAUUAAAGUAUCAGACAUAGUUGCGAAAUUACGCGCUGCUACAGUGGUAUCUCCUGAGGCAACCAAAAAGGCUUUAAAGGAUUCCCAACAGUCUAGGUAUGAUGAUGAUAAUAAGUUAUGUACCAACACUGAGCGAAUGAUGGAUCUUCCAAGCCCAAAACGUGAGGAUGUACAAUCAACUGAUAAGUCUUACUAUGGUGUAGAUAAGGAGACGGACACGAAAAAUGUAGGGAAAAGCUCUGUUCUACUUGCCUCCUUUGGCGACUCUGUGAGCCAGAAGGAUUUGAGUGACAACAAUCUCGACAAAAUAGACUCUACCAAUACGGAAACUUCGUUUUAUUCCAGCAGUAAACAUCGAGUUGUGUGCACACAAGGGUACUUAAGAAACGUGAAAGUAAAUUCGUUGUCAGACGACCCAGUCGGUUGCUUUGCCGAUUCGAAAGUUGUAUCACCUGACAGUUGUAUGCAGUACAGGCAGUAUGCUAAAGUCCUCUUAGAGGAAUACCAAGAAAUUUUCCCAUUUGAGUGCGACGCAUUGCUACACAGUUUGAGUGUGUCGAGCAAGAAAGUUGCGAGUGAUAGGAACAAUAACUCUGUGGUGAGCACAUCACCAGGGUGCAGUACUGAGUCAGGGGAGCAAUAUAAGAGGGUGGUUGGCUGUGAAUUGGACACUGUAAAUAUGGGUUAUGCGAUUGAUGACAAGAAACUCUACAAUAGGGACUCUGACGAGGCAUCAAGUCCUCUGGCUUGUAGCAGUAGUGAUAAAAACUGGGAUACCUCUAGUGACAAUAAUUUGUGUUCAGAACAGGGAACUGAUCAGUUAUCAAUACACAAUUCAAACCUUUUCGCUAGGCAGCCCUAUAAAGAAUUGUACUCUGCAGUCAGCCCUUCAAGAACCGUCCUAUGUUUGGACUCAAAUACUGUUGCUUCUGGGAGGAACGACGAAUACACAAAGAAACGCUCUGUAGGGACCAUUAACUUUCCGAAUAACGUGUGCGCUAAAAAUGAAAUGAGCCCUUGCAGGAGUGACGGGUACAAUAUUGGAAGUUCCUAUCAGAACACCACAGUAGUUGCGCAUUUGGUUAGUUCACCUGUCUCAUCGGACGUUGCGGACUCUGAAAUACCUGUUGCUGUAGACUGGUCUUUGCUCCCCCCAAACAGGACAGGUCGAGAUAGGGACACAAACGAUGUCAUUAUACCUGGUAACAAUAAGUGCAGUGAGAGGAAGAUUUUGGUGGCUGGUUUGAGUAGCGAUGCUGUUGAUGGUGAAGUGUGGUGGAAAACUGGGUCGGCAAGUGCCGUGGGGAGAUCAAGCUUCAGAGAUGGAUCGGAGUCAUCGAGGUCGCAGGUAGCUGAUUGGUCGUCGCUAUCAGAGCGGCUCUCCUUUCGUCUGCCUCGAAGCCAGCCCGAGCGCCUCAUCGUUCUGCAUCAACAGAGGCGUCAAAAUCACCAUCAACACGAGAAACAAGCAACUGCCAUAGAGCUGCCGGGCGACGUUCCGGCGCUGAGCCUGAGGGAGCUGCGCGACAUGGCGUGCCGGCAGCAGUCGCAGAUCGAGUCGCAGCGCCAGCUGCUGGCCGCGAGGGAGCAGCGGCUGCGCUUCCUCAAGCAGCAGCAGCUACACCUCCAGCCGCAGGGCGCGCCCAACCAGCAGAGCCAGCAGGGACAGCAGCAGCAGCAGCAACAGCAGCAGCAGCAGCAGCAGAGAGCGCACGAGGCGGAGCGGCUGCGCAGGCUGCGGGAGCGCGUGGAGGCGCAGGAGCUGAAGCUGCGGAAGCUGCGCGCGCUGCGGGGGCAGGUCGACGCGCAGAGGCAGGGCAACGCCGCGCUCACGUCCGACCUGGACUCUAUCCGCGCGCUGUUCAACGAGAAGGAGAAGGAGCUGUCGGUGGCGGUGGCCAAGGUGGAGGAGCUGACGCGCCAGCUGGAGGAGCUGAGGGCCAACCGCGGGGGCGGCGCCGGGGGCGGAGGCGGGGACGGCUCGCUGUCCGCGGGGGCGGCAGACGGCGCGCCGCCAGGGGCCGCCGCGCUGGAGCUGGACCGCCUGCGCCGCGAGCUCAUGUACCGGAACAAGCUUAACGAGCAGCAGCGGCUGUGCAUCUCGCAGCAGCGCGAGGCGCUGAGCCAGCGCCAGGCGGAGGCGGCGUCUGUCGACCGUCGCAUCUCGGAGCUGCAGGGCCGCCUGCACCGCAAGCGCCUCCUCAACCAGCAGCACACCACCACCAACAACCACCACACCAACAACAACAACAUCAACAACAGCGCCAACAACAACAACUCCAGCAGCAUCCUCAACAACAACAAGCAGCAGGCGAUCCAGCAGCAGCAACAGCACAGGCCUGCUGUGGUGGGUCACGCCCAGGACCAAAAGCCGGCAUUCCUGCUGAGGCCCGGAGGCAAUGUCGCUGCCGUUGAGCCGUACCUCCAUGUCCCGGCACCACAGCCGCAGCAGCAGCAACAACAGCAGCAGCAACAACAGCAUCAGCAGCAACAGCAUCAGCCCAUGUCUGCCGACCAGCAGGAGAAGCCCCUCACCCAGGGCUCCCACAAUGCCCACCAGGAUGACAUAUCACCUUCAGAGUUUGGGGGCAGCAAGGCAGACCCAAAGUACCAAACACUGCCAUACAAUACAAAGUUCACAGUCAGCUUCUUGUCAAAGACGGCAGUGGGUGGCAAUGAAGUGGAGACUGCUAGGAAUGCCAUCAACAGCAACCUGAACAGCAAUUUUGGCAGCAGCACUGGUGUUAGCCCUGCAAACACCAAUAUGGGGCAACAACAACAGCAACAGCAGCAGCAACAGCAGCAGCAGCAGCAGCAGCAGAUGAUGUCAGUUGCACAUAGUACUCCACUGUCAGGAAUAAACAAAGGUCUGGCAAUUGGUGUUGGGCAGCAACAGCAACAGCAGCAGCAGCAACAGCAUGAGAGUCCCAAUAACAAGCAAUCAUACACCAGUGGUGGCCGGCCUGCAUUUGGACUACCACCUCAGCCGUUCCUUCCAGGGCUCCACCGCUCUGCCCCAGCGGGUGCACCCAGCUCUGGUAUGGGGAACAUGGCCCAGGGCUCUGUACACCAGAAACCAGUCAGCAGUGUAGCACCGACGUCAGUGCAGCAUCAGAAGCCAUCUCCAAUUUAUCAGACGUCAUCGACAAAGAUACAGCCGGUGCAGCCGCAAACGAUCAGCUCUACAGCUCCCCAGCAGAUGUUGGUGCUGAGUCCACCACAGGGGAGCUCGACACCUCUGACUGGCACACCAGAGUCCGCCCCUACCUCUGCGUCGGUAACUGCAGCGGCGACUCUUCAGCAACCUUCCACUCCGAAGCCGGCGCUGCCGCCUAAGCCGACGGUGCCGCAGGCGAAGCCCACGCCGCCACCGCCACCCAGGCAGACGGCACUCCACCAGCAUCAGGGCUCAGCAGACGACAGUCUAACCACCUUGAGACAACAGGAGGCUGUACCGGACGACGGCAGCCCCAGUGCUGUGCCGGGACUGGGAGAAGACCAGCAGCAGGCCACGCCCCCACCCCUCCCCAGGUUGCCUGAGGGGCCGCAGCACCAGCAGCCGCCCCCACAGGCACAAGCCCCACCUCCACCACCUGCCAUAAAGGCGAGGGGCCCCAUCAACCUGUGUCGGAAGCAUAUGUCGGAGCAGCCGAGGCUGAAGGGCACUGCAGGCCCCGGUGGAGUCCACGUCAGUAUCAACAGGCGGAUCGAGAUGCCUCCGGCCUUCCUCUUCCCUGAGACAGAUGCACCUCCCUCAGAUUUGGUGCACAGCUCUGCCUCGACUGUGACGUCUUCAUUACCGACACCAACAAUGACUACCUCUGUGAACUCUGCUAUCCAGCAGGGAAGCAGUGCGGUCACUUCCCUGGUGACAAACAGCUCACCAGAUGAUGUUGACCGCCUCGCAACUGGAGUGAACGCUGAGCAGGAUGAUUCUGCGGGUGGGGCGACUCUUACCCUCUCGCAGCAGCAGCAGCAGCAGCAGCAGCAGCAGCAGCUUGCAGAGGAUAACAGUGCUGUCAAAGCUGAAGAUUCCUCUGAGACAAACUCGGAUGAACAACAGCAACAACAGCAGCAAGGAUUGAGUGUCCAGCCAGGUGGUGAUUCGGCAGUGGUGAGGAGGAAAGGUAACCUGAAAGUGGGGACAAACAGUGGCAACACGGGAUCUGGCAAUGGCAGCGGGGAGGGCAAGGGUGGGCAGCUACGGCGGGUGAGCUUCGACCCGUUGGCGCUGCUGCUGGAUGCCAGCCUGGAGGGUGAGCUGGAGCUGGUGCGUGCUACGGCGGGCCGCGUGCCCGACCCCAGUGCUGCCAAUGACGAGGGCAUCACCGCCCUGCACAAUGCCAUCUGCGCAGGGCACCUUGGCAUCGUGCGCUUCCUCGUCGCCUUCGGCUGCGACGUCAACGCCCAGGACAGUGACGGCUGGACGCCUCUGCACUGUGCUGCAUCAUGCAAUAACCUGGCCAUGGUGAAGUUUCUCGUGGAGCACGGAGCGUGUAUCUUUGCAACAACGCUUUCAGACCAUGAGACAGCAGCAGAGAAGUGUGAGGAAGAUGAGGAAGGCUUUGAUGGAUGCUCCGAAUAUCUUUAUAGUGUCCAAGAAAAGCUCGGAAUUCUCAAUGGUGGUGUCGUGUGGGCAGUCUAUGACUACGAAGCACACAACCCGGAUGAGCUAAGCUUUCGAGAGGGUGACCGCCUGGUGGUCCUGCGGAAGGGAGAUGAAAACGAACGCGAGUGGUGGUGGUCGCGGCUCGACGACAAGGAGGGAUAUGUGCCUCGCAACUUGCUCGGGCUCUAUCCUAGAGUGCAGCCUGGCAAGAAGAUAGUUGAAUGACCAACGUAAACAGGCUGCCAACUUGCCACCAACUCAGGGGAGCAAAUCCAGUCCAGACAGACAAUAGUUUAAGCUUUUUGGAAUUUAUUGACUGAAGUGUGUCAUCGAACUGACUGAGGAUAUUUUACUGUCCUGCAUUGUACUUCAGGCCUACGAUAGAGUAGAUACUACAGGUUCUAAACUUGUUACAUAUGGAUAGAACUAUGAAUUUGUCUGUGACCAUGACUCGAUGUGAUUCUUUUAUACUAAAAUGCAAUCACAGGCAACACUUGAAGUACAAAAACUGAGAACAAUUCAGGCUUUAAUAGGCAUCAAAUUUCGAUGCUCAGAGUUAAGUGUAUAUUAUGUAAACUGUAAUAGAGACAGAUGUGAUUAGGCUGAUAUGUAAUGUUUCUAAUAGAAGGCAACAAUGAACUGUGUAUGUAUGAAUUAACUGUGAGUUUGGGGAAAUAAUGCCUGCUGUUAUAAAUAUAUGGGAACAGAGUUUUUGAUAUAUUGUACUUUUACAGAACGGCCUGAAAUACUUCACAGUCUUACUGAGUCAAGCCACUUGCCAAUGCAAAUAUGAAUCAUGAUCAAAUUUAAAGUGCACCCUUGAUGUUUUUAGUAACCCAUGGAGGUGUUUGACAAUACACUUCAACAUUUUUACAUAUGUAUUUUGAGGCAAUUCAUCGCAGAGAUAAAAUGUGCAAAGUCACAGCUGCUUCAGUAUUCAUAGCACUAUAUGAAUGGUUUUCUACAUAAGUUAUGCUAAUUAUGAAUUGUGCACAUACUCCAGAAGGUUUAAUUUUUUGCCUUAUUCCUGCCACUGUCCAAUGUAAGAAAAUGGCAGCUGAAAUUUUUUAUACUUUGGCGUGGAGCUUUUGACUGUAAUUUGUGAUGAAUGACAUAUCUUCUCCCACCUCAUUGCCUAUUAAGAAUACUAGACAGUGCCAGGCUAUAAUGGGAAUAUCAGAUCUGAGACACUGUGAGAGUCUAAAUUUAAUAUAAUCUCUGCAUUACUGGUCAUAAUUAUGAGCAGUUAUUGUUAUAGUGAAUCUAUUUCUCAUUUAAUACAUUAUUAAAGACAAUAACAUGUCUAUUGGAAUCUUUCACCUUCACUAAAAAGGUAUAGAUUAAGGAUUGCAUAAAUAGUUCCUGAUAGUGACAAAUACUGUUGAAUGUGGGCAAAGGUAUGUUCCCAAGUUCUCUUUUUAACAUAUCAAAAGAAGUGGUUCUAUGAAGGAUAGAACUAAUUAUCCUAUUGAUAGAUUCCACAAGCAGUGUAAAAAAAGAGAACACACUACUCUUACACUUUCCUAUCUACUGGAAUUCCACAGUUUGAAUUUAUUAUGGAAGUCACAGAUUAGUGAACAUGAUAGCUUUUCAGUCAUAUAGAUGCAAGGUUUUUAAUUCACAAGUUUUGGUUAAAAAAAUCUGAUACACAAUGCUUCUUACCUUUCCUGUAAACUUUGCUGAUGCAAAAUGUGAUACCUGAUAAGAUGCAGAAACUUUGUGAUGGGGAAAACUGAAACAUUCAGUGAAACAUUGUUAUUUGCUAACGUAUUGGCUGAACAAUGUUUCUGUUUAUUGUGUGGGAGCAAUGAAUGGACCACUUGAUCAUUAAUCGGUACUAAAAGGCAAGCAGGAUGAGAAUGCAUGUGUGUGUGUAACUGGCAGCAAAAUCAGACAAACAUUGUAUGCAAGGAAAAGUAAAUGGUUCUGUGCCUUCCUAAUAAAGUACGAAAAGUGGAAAUGAGAAUGUCAGCUGUAAACAUUUUAAUGAACUGUGGGGGUGCACAAUUAGCACUAAAUAAAUAAAAUAUUUACUUGUGAAGCAGUAUAAGUGGUAAAGAUGAAAUAUUUUCCAUAUGUACAUAAAUAUAUUAUUGCUGUAUGGAAUAAAAUGCUUUACAUUUCUGGCUCUGCCAGUGUUGAGGAAUGAGUAAAUAGUUUAUACUUUAAUCCCGUUCUGUAAGCAUUCGCCUAGUGGAUGGAUAUACCUUACGUUUAGAGAGAAAUAUUACUAUUACUAUCACUAUGAUUAUCAUUAUUGUAAAUAUCAUGUUGUAACUGAAAUAUAUUUUCAUCCCAGUUUUA